UGUCAGCAUCGCGGUGCGCAUGCGCCGCUCCGAGUUCAGGGUGGGAGCCAGCCCAGCUAGCUGUUAGCAACGAAAGCUAGCAGGCGGAGCGUGUAAUGGCGGCCUCGGUGUUGCUGGGGUCUGCGGACGGAUCCAGGCUUAAUUUCAUCCCCGGAGGCGGCGGCGGCUGCGAGAAUGCGGCAGUCGGGAACUCUAACGGACUGGGCCCACCCGGGCCGGCGCCCUGGAACCGCUCUGUGGACCGCGCGCUGGACGAAGCGUCGGUGACCGGCUGCCUGAACCUCAGCGGCAGGAAGCUGAAGGAGUUUCCUCGGAGCUCCAACAACCACGACCUGACGGACACCACCAGGGCCGAUCUGUCCCGGAACCGUCUGUCCGAGCUCCCUCUGGAGGUCUGCGUCUUCGUGUCUCUGGAGAGUCUGAACCUCUACCAGAACUGUCUGCGCUCUCUUCCGGACAGCCUGCUGAACCUGCAGGCCCUGACCUACCUGAACCUCAGCCGGAACCAGCUGUCCUUCCUCCCCCCGGUGGUCUGCAGCCUCCCCCUGAAAGUCCUGAUCGCCUCCAACAACAAGUUGGGGUGUCUGCCGGAGCAGCUGGGGCAGCUGAGACACCUCACCGAGCUGGACGUGAGCUGCAACGAGAUCCAGACCUUACCGGCUCAAGUGGGCCAGCUGGAGGCCCUGAGGGACCUGAACGUCAGGAGGAACCACCUGAUCAGGCUGCCGGCAGAACUGGCAGGACUUCCUCUGGUGCGCCUGGACUUCUCCUGCAACAAGGUGACGUCUAUCCCUGUCUGCUAUCGCCAUCUCACCCAGCUGCAAGCCAUCGUCCUGGACAACAACCCGCUGCAGACCCCGCCCGCUCAGAUUUGCAUCAAAGGAAAGGUCCACAUUUUCAAGUACCUGAACUUGGAGGCAAGCAAGACCACAUCGGAGCCGGCGGAGUACGAGAGACGGCCGCUGACCACCUGCUUGGAUGAACCGUAUCCCGGAUGUCCGUACGGAGCGCUGGACUCCGGCUUUAACAGCGUCGACAGUGGAGACAAGAGAUGGCUGGGCAAUGAGCCUGCAGAGGAAGCGUGGGAGACCAGCCGAGACCCCAGACACAGAGGAGGAGGAGCUCUGCUUCCCAACGGCACCGCAAACGUGGAGACGGAGCAGAUCGACUUCAUCGACAGCUACAUGGAGGAAGACGAGGAAAAGAAGAGCCGCAGCAGCCUCAGCUCACAGUUCAUGGCGUACAUCGAGAAGCGCAUCACCAGAGAGGGGUCUCCCGUGAAAAACAGCCGGACUGAAGACGCCAGAAGACCCAGCAGAUCCUCCAGGACGGCUGCUGAUGGUGUUGCACCACCCUCCAGCCCCUGCAGUCAGAAAGGGGUGGUUGGUCCUGGGGGGGUAGAGAGGAUGAGGAGGGAGGCCCAGCUUGCUGCUCUGAGGUACGAAGAGGAGAGGCAGAGGAACCGUCCUUUUCAGAGUGAAGGCGUUGGCACAAACACCAAGCACAAACCUGCCCACAGCCCAACGAAGCCCAGUGCAGAAGUGGAGAAUGCUUUCCCUUCAAGACGCUCCACCCACACAGAUGAUUCCGCCCUGUUCAUGGGUGAAGACAGAGCCACGCUGUCUCCCACAGACAAUCAGUCGCAUUCGUACCUCGCUGCAGUGGGCGUGGCCUACUGCAGAGGGGCCAGCUUGAGACCAGAAAGCUUCUUGUUUCGCCUCAGCCAGAAGGAGGAGAAGAAAAGAGAGAACAUGAAAUCUCCUCAAAGUCAGGACGAGGCUCCUGCGGCUCCUAGUCUGGAGGGAGAGGAGGUGGAGCUGGUGGAGCAGCUGCGGAAGAACAUUGAGGCUCGCCUUAAGGUGUCCUUACCCAGCGACCUGGGAGCGGCUCUGACUGACGGGGUGGUCCUAUGUCACCUGGCCAAUCACGUGAGACCGCGCUCAGUCCCCAGCAUCCACGUCCCCUCCCCCGCUGUGCCCAAACUCACCAUGGCCAAAUGCCGACGCAACGUGGAGAACUUCCUGGAGGCGUGUCGCAGGAUCGGCGUUCCACAGAACCAGCUGUGUCUUCCUCUGCACAUCCUGGAGCAGCGGGGGCUCGCACAGGUGGCCGCCACCGUUGGCGCCCUGCUCAACCUGGCCCCUCCCAGACCGUCUGCCACGCCGACAGCCACGCCCCCCGGGCCUUCCGUCACCAUUUAGGCCUGUGCACGCGCUCAGUGCGUCUCCGUCAGCUGCGGGGGCCCAGAGAUGUCAUCGGGGAGGAGACACACCUGCUCCGGCUUCUCACUGCCAUAACCUGUGUUCUCCUGCUGGGGGGUCAGCAUGGGGGGUGGGGGCCCAAAACACUAAAGCUUUGUUCUGAUUGGCCCGGAUGCAGACACUCACCAAAACGUGUGUUCUGAUCUUAGUCACGUCUGGUGGUUUUAGCCCCGCCCCUUUUUAAUCAUUUUAUUUAUUCUGAGAUUUUUAUCUGAGGAGUUUAGAGUCGGAGCAGAACUCUGACUCCAGAACCAUUCCGUCUGAGAGAACCGCAUCUGGAUCUGAUGGGGGCACCGCCUACAGGUCACAUGACCUUUCAUCCUGCAGGAGGAAGGCCCGGUUCCGCCUGCGGGUUCUGUCAGUCGGGUCAUGGGCCGGCCGCUCCCGCACAGACGGGUUUGAAACAAACAAACUGAGAAUCAAACGUUGCAGCUUUUGCACAAAAUAACCAGGACUUUACAAAUGAUUUAUUUAUAGUUUACGGCAUCUAAGGGAUGUAAAAAAGAGAAAAGUGAAAAUAUCACUCAGGAUUUUAUAGAAUGAGCUCAAAGCUGAAAAUAUUUCAUGCUAUUAAACUUUAAAUAUUUUUACCUAAGCCUUGAAAAUGGUGUUCAGGAGCUUUUGUUAUGUUUGAAGCUUAUUUAUUAACUACAAUGAAAAGUUAAACCACUUUAAAGACGGAAACACUAAAGAAGCAGCGAGGAACGACAACGCUGGGGACGGACGCCACGCGUUAGCGUCCCGUGAAGAACGCCUGCCUUUCAGCUGUGAUGACGAGCUAGCAUUAGCCGGGCUAGCUCGUCAUCACAGCUGACCUUUAGCUGGCUUAAGCCACCCCCACCUGUCUGGGCUCAGGUUCGUGUCUCCAUCAGAUCCAGGACCGUGACCCGGGGGGGGGGGGGGGGGGGGGCGGUGACCCAUCACCACUGAUGUAAACACUAAAGCUGAGUCCUCACAGGACGACUGCUGCUGCAUGAUGGGAUGACACGUGUAAAUAUUUACAUAUCUGUGUAUGUUGUACAUAUGAGACUGAUGCUUUCCUGUUGCUAUGGAGACCAGGCUUCCUUGUCGCCAUAGUGACUGGUCCAGAGAGACUUUCUCCUGUUUACUUUCUUCUGCAACUUCAAAUGAAAUAAAGACGACUGUUGAAACUC